AUGACGCGUCGUCGCUUCUUCUUUCUUGUAGCUGUAGCCUGCCUGAUCCAUGGCUUGGGCACGCCGCGCGGGUGCUCUGCUGCGCCAACCGCGGCGCCGUCCUCCGGUUCCUCCUCGUGCUCGGCUGCCGUCACGUGCGGCAAGGUCAACAUCACCUACCCGUUCCAUCUCCUCUCCGACGGCGGCGCGGCCGCCGCCUUCUGUGGCUACCCCGGGCUGGGCCUCGACUGCGUGGACGGCAACACGACGGUGCUCCGUCUGAGCACCAACAACAACACCGUGCUCACCAUCAACUACCCGGCGCGCACCAUGUUCGUGGUCGACUCCGGCAUCGCCCGCGCGGGGUACGACUGCCCGAGCGUCGCGCACAACGUGACGGUCGCGCCGGGGUCCGGGGUGCAGUUCACCACGUCGGACGCCAGCCUCACCUUCCUCGUCGGCUGCGCGGGCAGCGGCGGCGGCGACGGUGCCCCGCCCUCGGCGUGCCUCGACGGCUCCGCGCCGAUAGGCUGCGGCCUCAGCGGCGUGGCCGGGGACGGGGAGAGAUCUUACGUCUUCCGGGGCGCCAGCGCCACCGCUGCUGCCGCGCUGCCGGGAGGAAGCGAGUGCGCCAGGUACUGCCGUGGCACGGUGACCGUGCCGGUGUACGCGGCGCUGUUCGACGUGCCGAGCUUGUCCAACCUGUCCACCAGCUACGCCAGGGUGCUCAAGAACGGGUUCGAGUUGAGCUGGGACAGGAGCUUCGACGAGCAGUGUGGCCCGUGCGAAAGCUCCGGCGGGUGGUGCAGCUACAACCGGACGACCACGGCUUCUGGCGGCGGCGGCGGCCCGUUGGUGUUCAGUUGCAUCUGCCCCGACGGACGGUCAAGACCAAGUGACUGCGGGCAUGGUAUCACAAGGAGGAAAAUCAGAACAUAUGUAAUAGCGUCAACAACAAGUAUGGCUUUCGUGCUCCUAUUGUUUCUGGCAUAUCUCAUGCAUCACAAGAGAACCUAUGGCUCAUUCGUCUUCUGGAGAAAACGAUCAUACAUUUCACCAAGAGUUGAAGCCUUCCUGCAAAGAUAUGGUUCUCUCCACCCAAAGGUUUACUCCUAUAUGGAAGUGAAACGGAUGACUAAAUCAUUCGCGCAUCAGAUAGGGCAAGGCGGAUGUGGUGUUGUCUACAAGGGCAGUCUCCCUGACGGCCACUUGGUUGCUGUGAAAAUGCUCAAGGAGUUGAAAGGGGAUGAUGAGCAAUUCAUGAACGAGGUAGCAAGCAUUAGCACCACGUCUCAUGUCAACAUCGUGACUCUGCUAGGGUUUUGCGUACAAGGUUCCAAGAGAGCUCUCGUGUACGACUACAUGACAAAUGGUUCACUUGAGAGAUUUAUCUUCAGCAAGCACUUAGAGGACAAGAAUUCUCUUAGUUGGGGCAAACUAUUUGAGAUUGUGGUUGGCAUUGCAAGAGGACUAGAAUAUCUACAUAGAGGAUGCAAGACUAGAAUUGUGCAUUUUGACAUCAAGCCCCACAAUAUCUUGCUUGAUGAAAACUUUUGUCCGAAGAUAUCCGACUUUGGAUUGGCGAAAUUAAGUGUACAAAAGGAGAGCACUAUCUCCAUUGGUGUAGCAAGGGGCACAAUUGGGUACAUUGCACCGGAGGUUUUCUCUCGACAAUUUGGAGUUGUUAGUAGCAAAUCUGAUGUCUAUAGCUAUGGGAUGAUGAUUCUUGAGAUGGUUGGAUCUACAAGAACCACAAAUAAUAAUACUAACUGUGAGAGCAACGAUGAGCUCUAUUUUCCUCGGUGGAUAUAUGAGAAUUUGGAUCAGUAUUGCCUUGAUGCUUCUGAGAUGUCUAUGAGUGAUAGUGAGGUUGUAAGGAAGAUUAUUGUUGUUGGGUUGUGGUGUGUACAAGUGAUGCCCAUCGAUAGGCCUUCAAUGAGUCAGGUAGUUGAGAUGUUGGAGAGUGACCUAAAAGACCUUCAGUUGCCGUCCAAGCCUCUUACCCCUUCUUCGUAA